UUCCUCUAUUAAAACUUGAUAGGUUUAUAUAAUUUAUCCUAAUUCUACUUCUACUCCUCCUUUUCAACCGAUUCGAAAUGUCAGAACCCCCUUGCGCCCAGUCCCCUGAUCCUAAGCCUAGCACUCUAUCAUCCCUUACGAAGUAUCUCACUCAUCAGAAGAACAGACAUAGUUGUGCCUUUGUACAUGGUAAGUUCUGGAAUGAUGGUUUAUUCAUAAAAAUAGAAACCUUGAUCUCUGGAUGUAUGACAUUUCUAGAUUUAGCGGCAGCCCACAAGAAAGAUAAUAACAUUCAUUUCUAUGUCCAACGAGGAGCUCGGAACCAAAACCGCAUCCCCCUCACAAAGACUCAGAAUGUCACUACUUCUUCCAAGAAUGCUGCUUUAAAGCCUUGUUCUACUGCUAAAAUUUCAAAAAAUUUGACUCAGAAAUAAGGCGAAACCCAGGAAGUCCAAAACAGGCCUGUACAGGCCGGCCAGAACCUCUAUGUAUAGACCGAAGGAUACUAAGAAACAUCCUCCAAUUACAGAAUAUCUACACAAUAACACUGCAAGAGAGGACACCACAAAACAGCAGAUUAAAUACUUGCAGUCUUACAAAAGCAUGCUGCCAGCAUCAAAUUGAUACCAAAAUAGCAAGAGUGCGAAGAAGAGUUCUCACGGGCUAAAAGAUAAAUGAAAUGGGCAAAAUAAUUCUAGCGGCAAUGACUCAGCCACACUUCCUACAAGAAGACAACAAAUUGUAGCCAAGCAUCUAAAAAUGAAAGGAGAGCAAGAAAAGAGAAUAAAAAUAAAUCAGGAUACUCUCAAUGAGAUAGUACAACAGCUACCUAGCAGUUGUAGUUCAUCUUUUUGUAAAGAAAGAUCUAUGUUUGAAGCCAGCUUUGACUCCCUUUCAAAAGAAAAUAUAGAGCGUGAGGCUAAUUUUGAGACUUCAGAGAUUCUAAACUCUGCUAGGAAAAAUCCAUCAAAGAAAAGAAUAGAGGCUAAAAAUUUUGAGCAGUUAGUAUACUCUAGAGAAACAGCAGAGAGCUCCCUUGAUAAGGAUAAGGUAAAAUGCAUUUUAAUCAUGUACCAAUCCUAUCAGAUGAUGAAGUCAAAGAAUCCCUUUGAUUUCAAACACCUUCUAGCUUUAUCGACCGCUAUGGAGAAGCUUAAGAAGGGAUAACUCCUCUGGAAUUUGCAUUAAAAGUAUUCAUUUUUCAAUAUAAUAAACA